UUUUUUCACAGAGCUCGCCAAAUUUCUCUGCGACCAGAAAAAUUCCCUUUUCUCACUUCCUCGGUUCUCUCUUAGGUCUCCGCUAAAAUGGCUCUUCGAUCCCUCAAAUCGCCGUUCACCUCCGCCUCCGCCUCCGCCUCCGCCUCCGCCUCUGUCGCCGUCUCCGGCGUGAGGAAGCCUCACUCGUUCAAUUUCGCAUCGAAUCCGAUCGCCGCCGCAGCACUCUCCGUCGACAACCGCCAUUCCUCGUUCUUCGGCACCACUUCAACCCUCAAGCUCAAUCCCAGAACCUCCUCCCUCUCCUCUGCCGCUUCGCCGUCGACGGCGGCGAAUAGAUUCCGGUGCUGGGCGUCGGCGCUGACGCCGCAGCUGAGGGAGACGCUGGACAAGCUGGUGAGCUCGAAGAAGGUGGUGCUGUUCAUGAAAGGGACGAGGGAUUUCCCGAUGUGCGGGUUCUCGAACACGGUCGUGCAGAUCCUGAAGACGAUGAAUGUGCCGUUCGAGGACGUGAACAUUCUCGAGAACGAGCUUCUGAGGCAAGGGUUGAAGGAGUACUCGAAUUGGCCGACGUUUCCUCAGCUUUACAUCGAAGGUGAGUUCUUCGGUGGAUGUGACAUUGCUCUCGAGGCUUUUCAGAGUGGUGAGUUGCAGCAAGUGGUGGAAAAGGCUAUGUGUUCUUGAAACCACAAAAAACAGAAAUACACAUUUUGUUGAUUCUGUGAUUAAUCUGUGAUGAAUGAUACAGAGGUUGUGUUUCUGGGUU